CGUCUCUGCUGGACGAAAGCCGACGACGGUUAUCAAUCUAUAAGUGAAAAAGCGCGCACAAAAUUGCUUUUAGUCUGAUUAAAAAAAUUUUGUGGUGAGGUUCGGGUGUACAAGUUGCUAGAUUUUUUUUUAAAGUAUUACCAUUUGGAAGUUUGAACGAUGAAGUACGUUUACUGCUGCGUUCUGGUUGUUUUGAUCGGGCUGACCUUGGCCUGGGCAGUGGAGGAUGUUCCCGAGGCGGAAAAGGUGGCCCCCAUCAAUGUAUCGAAGCGACAGUUUGUUCAAACUCUCACGUGCACAAAUCCCAACUGUAGCGCGCAGUGCAAAGGACGUGGCUAUCGCAGCGGAAAGUGUCAAAUUGGAAGGUGCUUUUGUUCUUACGUUUGAGGGGGUGGAACAAAUUACCUAUUGUAUUUAUUUUUUAUGUUUUUUU